GGGAGUAGACAUCCUGGGACUCCUGCAAUGAGCACCCAGAUAAACAAGUACUGGGAGGCGGUGCCAUUUGGGUGGUUUGUAAUUAGUGUGUCCUUCUUUAGAGAUCCUGGGACAGAAUUCCAGGAGAAGAGUAGGUUGUCUAGCUAUUGACUAAACUUUGAUGUUACUCAGUUUUUUCCUUUUUUUUUCUUAAAAUUAAUUUGUGACCCCAAUUUCUCUGCCUGCAGCUUCGCUUAAACAUUUACAGAACACCACAGACGACUUUUUAUUUUUAUGUAACUGUGAAUGAUCUAUGAACAUGUGAUUUUUAAAAUGCGUUAGCAUUGACUUUACAUCUGUGGGUCCUGGAGGCUGCCGCUACACUUUGGAACAGAGCAAAGACGUUCAAAACACCUUCCAGCUGCCACACGUGUCCUCAGAAGUAGAACAAAUUCAUGGAGAAGAGACUGACAAUAGGUCUGACUCUGUUCCUAACACUCUGCCUGGACAUACCAGAGGUUGGAGGGCGGAAGGAUGGAGCCAAUGGAGAAAACACUCAGAAACGUUCAUCACGAUCUUCAGAUACAAAAGGAGGUCGUUGCUCCUACACCUUCAUUGUUCCACAGCAAAAACUGACAGGGGCGCUGUGUUUGAACACGCAGUCUGCUAGUACCAACCACUCUGAGGUGGCAGUGCUGCGGGCGGAGCUCAGACGACAGCAGGAACAGCUGGAGAAGCUCCGGGGCCAGAUGGAUCAGGAGGGGGCCCUUGCCUUGGAGGUAAGAGCACUGCGCAAAGAGAGUAAUAGUAUGAAUUCUCGCUUUGCCCAGCUCUAUGCCCAGCUGCUACACGAAGUCAUACAAAAAAAAGACCAGGCUUUGGAGCAGCGAAGAGUGGAGAACCUCAUGCUGAAUGCUACGACACAGGCACUGCAGGUGUCCAGUAAUUACAGGGAGCUGGAGAAGAAAUAUGGAGCCCUUACCUCCAUGAUGAGCUCCCAGAAUCAGUUUAUUGCUCGUCUGGAGAAGCAGUGCCAGUGCAGGGACUCCACCCACCAGUCCUCUGUGGUGAUGACUGAACCAGCAAAAAGCCACUCUAAUGUGCAUCCUAAUUACAGCUCUGAAGCCAACGAAAUGACCAAUGACGUUCAAAGGGACCAAAGUGUUCCUCCACAACAGCAGGAAAAAACAGGGGGAGUUCAUUCCCUCCCCACCACCACAGCUAACACUCCUACAGAGCCUCCUUUCAUUAGUUACCCUGUCACAAAGACUCCAGGGCCAUGGCGGGACUGCCAGCAUGUGCUGGAAUCAGGUGAGACCACCAGCGGGAUCUACCUGCUCCGCCCGCAGAGUGCUAACCGCCUAAUGCAGGCUUGGUGUGAUCAGAGUCAGGCUCAAGGAGGGUGGACGGUCAUCCAGCGAAGACAGGAUGGGUCGGUCAACUUCUUCAGGACUUGGGAGCAAUAUAAGCAAGGCUUUGGGAACCUAGAUGGGGAGUAUUGGCUUGGCUUGGAACAUCUCUACUGGCUGACUAAACAGGCCCAAUAUAAGCUACGGGUUGCUCUGGAGGACUGGCAGGGCCGGCAGGUGUUUGCUGAGUAUGAUAGCUUCCACCUGGAACCGGAGACUGACUGGUAUCGACUGCGGUUAGGACAAUACCUAGGCAAUGCAGGGGACUCCCUCUCAUGGCACAACAACAAGGCCUUCACCACUCUGGAUCGAGACAAGGAUAGCUAUACAGGUAAUUGUGCUCAUUACCAGAAAGGAGGCUGGUGGUACCACAUGUGUGCCCACUCCAAUCUGAAUGGUGUGUGGUAUCGGGGGGGACACUAUCGCAGCCGCUACCAGGACGGGGUCUACUGGGCAGAGUUCCACGGAGGGUCCUACUCCCUCAAACGAGUUUCAAUGAUGAUCAAACCUAGAUAACAUUUGGGUUGAGGACAUGUGAGAAAGAAACAUGAUGUGAAUGAUAUUAGGAUAUUAAACAAUGUGAAAGUGUCUGUUUAAGAAAAUGUGUCUCCACAUAUGUAACUGAGUUUUUAUAGCAUGUGAUUGCACAUGCUAUAAAUAAACAAACAUAGUUAUGCACUGCAACUCAAGAGAACACAUACAAAUACACAAACGCGCUGCAAAUUCAGAGAUUAUCUUCAUCAGUUUGACAACACAUGCCCUGCAAAUUCAGUCAACACAACGAUAGUGAUUCAAGGGGACACUAAAAAAUGAUGAACCUGGCUGGGACUUGUUGUUCAAAGCCCAUUUGUGACUUUUGAAGUUUAAACCCUUAAAUAACAAGUGCAUCUUAGCCAUGUUCGUCUCUUUUUUUCUUUUUGAUUUAUUCUUUGCCCUAAU